AUGAUCUCCAGAUGGCCGUGGUUCUCGAGGGAGAUCACGACUGUAGACAAUUUAGCCACAUUGAUACCUCCUGAAAGUGAACUGAAGAACUACGUAGAGUGUCUCAUGGGGUAUGAGAACAAGCUGUUUCGGUGGUGCAGUGCUGCAGAGUCGACUUUCUGCCUUCAAGGCAUACUCAGAAUCAAGGUGGCCAGCCCAGGUUCCGCCGAGAUAUUGGUUGUGGAGCAGUGUAGGUCCUCGAACACGCAUGAUAACAUGAAAAUAUUGUCACUGUUCCUGGGCUAUCGUUUGUUUGAGCGACACCUCACUCCCAAAGGCAACGCACCAAGUGCAGGCAUUGUACCACACUCCAUGCACCCUAAUAAGAUGCUGAAAGGAUAUGACAAGCUUUCGAAUUGGGUUGACCGUUUAUUCGAGCUGCAUGUGGCGUUCGACAGUCUGGACGAGACACCCAAGUUGGAAGCAAAGGCAGGCCCUUCGAUGUUGGUCGUGUUCAUCUGCCGAACCAAGAGAAAUAUCAACACCUCAAAAAUCAUCAUGAAUUUUCUUGUCAUGGCCCUUCACUUGGUGUUCCUCAAAGGCCAUAAGUUCCAGCCCAAAGAAUUGCCAGACAUUCUGGACAACCCAGAGAGCCUUCCUGAUGAUUGUGUCUUCAAGCAGGAGCUCCUUGCUAUUCAGGAAGGCAGCGGCCCUACCAAAGGCUAUGCGUUGCGCUCACUGCUGCACCUGGCCUUGCUUAUCUCUCACCUCUUCCUCCUCAACAAGACACAGUUGGCGAAUCAGGUGUUCGCCUGCAAUACGGUCCUGGAGUAUUCGGCUGCCCAAGGGAACAUGAAGACUCCUAUGCUCCUCGCGGUCAAAGGGGCGAUCAAGGAAACUGUGGAUAGGAUAAGCCAAUGCCAGACAAAUCCCAUCAAGGAGAUUAAAGAUCUCUUCAAGAGUCGAUUGCCGUGGGGGGCGCUCGAGACAUGUGACAAAAAGACAAAGUCGUUUUUCCAGUUGGAGACCGGGUUCCAACUGCCUAGGAUUGAACAGGGCACGAUCCAGGAAGUCUCUCAGCCGCUCGCCAGUUCAAGGACUCUGCAGAUCGCACCAGCACUCCCGCUUUUGUCAAUCUCACAGGCGGUAGCGGCGGCGGCGAUCCAAGAAGGGUUGGAGCCUGCGGCGCUGUUGCACACUUCCCAGAAUGUUGCAUCUACCUUGUCGAAUUCUCCAGCUCCAUCUGGCUCGAGUAUGGCACCCCCAACAUCCCCACUUAUAACAUCUCAGGCACUGGACAAGGACAGGACAACGACUGAUCUGAGCAGCCCCCCUGUGGCUACGCAUGGCUCAACACAAGCUCUUUCGCACCCAGUCAUGGUUGAACAAUGGGACAGGAGAAUCCUGGUGGCAGACCAAGAUGGGGGUGACAUUGAUUGCUCGUUCAACGCAAUCACGAUGUGA